GAAAAUUAUUAUGUUGACACCACUGAAUUGUGUGUGUUUAGUAACACUAUUAGUAUUCUUUAUACAAACUAUUUGCUUUUCUUAUUGAUAAUUUUAUUUUUAUUUGAAUCAUGACUGAGAAUAAAAAUAAUGUAAUAGAAUUAACAGAUGCCGAGGCUGAAUUAUACGAUCGGCAAAUUCGCUUAUGGGGUGUGGAAUCACAGAGACGAUUAAGAUCAGCAAAAGUUUUGAUUAUCGGAAUGAAUGGAUUUUCUUCUGAGAUUGCUAAAAAUAUAAUAUUGGUGGGUGUUAAAACAGUAACUAUUUUAGAUCAUAGGAAUAUGACAAUAGAAGAUACCUGUGCACAGUUUUUUUUACCUCGUGAUCAACUAGGUAAAAAUAGAGCAGAAGUAUCUUUGCAAAGAGCACAGAAUUUGAAUCCUAUGGUUGUCGUUAAGGCAGAUACUACUAAUGUGGAUGAUAAGCCGGAUGAAUAUUUCAGUAAUUUCAAUGUCAUUUGUGCUAUACAGUGUACUAUUACUCAAUUAAAAAGAAUUAAUAAGAUAUGCAGGGAGCAUAAUGUAAAAUUCUUUGCUGGAGAUGUUUGGGGUUCUUUUGGAUAUACUUUCGCAGAUUUGAUGGAACAUGAAUAUAUCGAGGAAGUUGUACAAACUAAGUCAGUAUCUGUUACCGAAGAUAGUCCAACCAAAGAUCGAAUUGAAAAAAUAGUUGUUACUGAAAAGCGCAAGGAUACAUUUGUCCCUUUUGAAUCUAUCAUAGAUUUGGAUAAAAGUCUUGUUCCUACACAUGAUGCAGUAAUGUAUUAUGGAUUGAUGACAAUGCUGCAUUAUCGUGAGAAACAUAACAGGGAUCCUUUACCUAGUGAAAGAAAUUCCGAAAAAUUGCACGAGGAAAUGAAAGAGAUUGCAGACAAAUAUGAAUUACAAGAUUUAGUCAAAUAUUUGUCAAAGGAAAAUUUGUAUGGCCAAAUUAGUCCAGUUUGUGCCAUAAUUGGCGGAGUUAUGUCUCAAGAAAUCAUAAAAGCUGUUUCACUCAAAGAAGCACCGCACAAUAACAUGUUUCUUUUCAGUCCUACGACGAUGUGCGGAAAAAUAUUAAAAUUAAUUUAAUCAUUUUUUUUUUUUUUAUUAUUGUCAUUAUCUUCGAAUAAUUAUUUUCAGACUUUUAUAUUAAUUCUUAUUGACUUUUUUCCAUUAAUAAAUUAUAGUAAAAAUUAAGUUUAAAAAA